GUCUUGCAGAUUGCGGCAGAAGAAGAGGAAUCUGUGAGAAGAUAUAGCGCGGAGAUUUGCAGCUGCGCCUUGUGCUGGCACCACUACAGCUCGACAUGGCGCAGUCUCUCCCCGCCUCACAAAUCUAUCUGCACGACCCAUCCGCAACACAAGCCAAACGCGCCUACAUCGUCUACUUCAUCACGGGCAAUCCAGGCCUCAUCGAAUACUAUCGCACCUUUCUUACGCAAAUCUACGGUCUCCUCACCCGGUCUUCCUUUCCUUCGACAUCAUUCCACGUCUUCGGUAGAAGUCUUUCGGCCUUCGAAGCCUCCACAUCGACGGAAGGAAGACAAGGUCGUGACCCACCUUUCAGCCUGCAAGAACAAAUUGUUAAGUCCCAGGUUGCACUUGAAGAGUUAGUCCGCGAUGUUAAAGAAAUUAAUCACGUGCAGGAUGUACGCGUGAUACUCAUGGGGCACUCGGUGGGAUCGUACAUCCUACUUGAGGUCAUCCGCAGGGUGAGGGAGAAAGCCGAAGUUGAGAAAGAGGCAAUGUGCAUCGCAGGAGGGGUGUGCUUGUUCCCGACAGUAACGCACAUUGCGAAGAGUGAUAGCGGGAAGAAAGCUACUCCCCUGCUCACGCUCCCACACCUCCCCCGCAUCGCGUCCGCACUAGCUCACGCGUUGACAUUCCUCCUCCCUCUGCCCCUCCUCACCUUCCUCAUACAAAAGUUCCUAUCCUUCCCACCUGACGCCGCGAACACCACAGCCUCCUUCGUCAAGUCGCCUCACGGCGUGCACCAGGCACUCCACAUGGCACGCGACGAGAUGCGCGAGAUCACCGAAGAUACGUGGUCCACCGAGAUCUGGGGCGCCUCUAACCCAAGCCCUUCGUCCCCCGCAGUGCCCCUUCGCUUCCUCUUUGCCGAAAAAGACCACUGGGUUGCCGACACCACGCGCGACGAGCUCAUAGCCGCGCGGGGCCGACCCGAAGCACACUCAGGCAACGACGCGUGGAAGCCGGUCAUGGAAAUCGACACGUCCAAGGGGUGGGAGCACGGCUUCUGCAUCCGGCAGAGCGUCCCAGUUGCGGAGAGGGUAGGAGGAUGGUUGAGGGAGAUGAUAGAGGGGGACGGAACACGAUGAAUAGACAUAGACAUGGAACUAGACGGAUCACUUAGAUGGAGUUCCUCUUUGACACACAGACUAUACUACAAAUUCUCUCAAACCCACGAUUGGUAUACAAAUCCUAUGU